AUGGCCGCCAAGGUGGCGACAGGGGCGGUCAGCAGCGUGACCGCAACUAUCAGUCCGACCGUGGUGGUGUCCGCCAGGACGGCUGGGGCCGAGGGAGUCGUGAUUCUGGCGGUGAUGACUGGGGUCGUGACUCCCCGAUCGAAGGGUCGGGAUGAUGAUGGGGGGCGUGGCCAGCGUGCUGAGCGUCGCCCAUGGUGUUAUGUUUGCCGUACGUCUGGACAUAAUCCAGAGCGAUGUCCGAAGUUGCAGGCCCCUGCGGCUGGUGCUGCGGCCCGAGGAUGA